AUGACGCGGUGUAAUGAGAUCAAAGCAUGUGGCAUAGAUGAAAGAAGGGGGGAUGGAGAGAGAGAGGAAGGAAGAGGGGCCAUGAAUCACGUCUACGUAUUUAUCCAAAUGUCGUCACGCAUGCAUGCAAGACCAUGCAGGAACAAAUACCUUUUGAGAGAGGUACAAUCUGACUUUGACUGCGUUCUCCGUUUACUCUCACCUUUCGAGAUGCCGCGCCUGAUCGCUCAUCUCUCCUCUUUUCCCCGCGUUCUUGGAGGUUUGGCCCAUUGCCCACUUUCAGGCUUUCCUCUCGUCCCACACAGACUCCGCCCCUUCUCACCAGACAGCCCGUUUCUCCCAAAAAUUCCCUCUCUCUCUCUCAGUUACUCACUCACUGACUCAACCGGAGCCGGCCAUGUUAGCUGUCACGAUCAGGAAGAAUACGUCGGCGAUUUCUGGGCCACUGGGGGAAGUAAACGGAAUAAAAUUUUGAAGUCUGCGGGGAAGAAAGUCACCGAUCGUCAGCUGUAAGUAACUUAUUUUUAUCCUUCCAAAAAUAGUAAUCACCCCCCAAUUUGACCGGUCCUGAGAGGCUUAUUAUCACACCAGAGCGCGAACUGGGUCCCAGCCUCGAUGAAGCACGGGCUUGCCCCACAAAAGCACCCGUUAGAGAGAGAGAGAGAGAGAGAGAGAGAGAGAGAGAGAGAGAGAGAGAGAGAGAGAGAGAGAGAGAGAGAGAGAGAGAGAGAGAGAGAGAGAGAGAGGAAGAGAGAGAGAGAGAGCGUAUCUCAGUUAAUUCGGGGCCCGACCCAUCUACAUCUCGCCUGUUUUUCGCGAUUAUUCAAAUAUAUAUGUAAAUUGAAUGUGACAACAUUUCUAUAAGUUUAUAAGUUGAUUUAAUUUAUGUGUAAAUAUUUUAUAUCUCCCCCCGUGAAGAGACAGGAAACCGAGGCGUCGGGCUGCCGUCUACGUCAUGGCGUCCACGUCCAACCCAUGCGCCACGCCUACCGACAUCGCCGCCGCGGUGAGAAGGGCCCCGUCGGCGGUGGACCAACUGUGAACGCGCGUAGGAGGGAGAGAGAGAGAGAGGGGGGGUGGGGCGGCGCCGCCGCCGUCCGCAGCGGCGAUCUUUCGGAACGGUCGGGGCAAGGAAACGCCCGCCGAAGAUGGAUGGAUCCUCCACUCCUUUCUUCUUAUUGCUUCAACUUUUCCUCCGCCUCUACCCCGUGGCGGCCUCUCGCAGUGGGGGGGGGGGGGGCGGGUCGCCGCCACCACGGAGCUCACGGCUUCCUCAGUUCAAACCUACGGGCCUCCUUUGGCGCCGAAAAAGGGGGACAGACAGGAAAGGGAAGAUCCCACGGUCAUGAAAGGAACAGGAUGAAUCACUGACAGUUCCUUAAAGCACACCUCUCUCUCUCUCUACAAGAACUCUGAUGACUCUGAUGGAGGUGGCGGUGAUCUAGGUCGGCGUGGUUUGACCUCGGGGAAGUGGAGGAGGAGGAGGUCAACAGGGAGCAGGAGGAGCUGCGUGGGCUUCCCUGCUUCAAGAGGACGACGGGAAUGGGGCACCUCUUCCGGGCCUCGUGCUCUCUCACCAGCUCCGCCGCUGCCCACUCCAACUUCUCCGCGUUGGUCUUCUCAGACACCCUCCUCCCUUCAAAGAGAACCGACUCCACGUUCUUCUGCUCCAGCAGCGCCGCCGCCGCCGCCAGGACCUCGCUGCCGUCGGAUGACUCGAACUUCCCGGGCGCCGCCACGGUGGCCUGGAUAAGACGAGGCAGAUGGCGGCAUUUACAUAAAUUAAAUACACACGAGGUCAGAAGAGUGAUAUAAUUCCCAUUACCCACCUGGACUCUGAUAUAGCUCGUUGACCUGGCUUGCCCGAACGCCAGGGACACCGCUUGAUCUACCUGUAUGAUGAGAUCGGCCUUCGUCAGAGCCGUCCGAUGGAGAAAGAAAGAGAGAGAGAAGGGGCAGAUCUGAAAUUCUAUGAGACAUGAAGGGCGAAGAAAAGGGGAAGAGGUGACCAUAUCCGACGCGCUUUCUCCGGCGAUCCUGGCGACCUCCGACCGCGACGGCGGCGCCGCCGACUCUCCGUUCCCGAGGGAGACCACAAGAAGAUUCUCCAUUCUGGCGGCGAAGAACUCCUUCCGGUUAUUGAGCACGUGGGUGAUGGCGGCAGCGGCUGGAUUACCCGCCGCCAGGCCGCCAUCUAGGGCGGCGAUCGCGGUCUUCCCGUUGACGGACCGCAUUUCGGCGUUGCCGACCGUGGCGGCGCAGAUUUGACGCAUGAGGAAAUUGUAGCCGUCGCUCUCGACGGCGUCGGCGCGAGAGAAGAGGAAGGGCGCCGCCGUCGCCAUGUCGAAGCACGGGACCAGCAGCGGCUUCAGCGUGUCCCGCAGCGUUGACUCCCCGAAGACCUGGCGCAGGAGCUUGUCCGAGGAUCUGACAGCCCCCUUCCUAUUUGGGAAGAUUCUGGAGAGGAUCGGCCUCCGGGAACGGAGGAGGCGGUGGCGGUUGGCGGCGAGGAAGUCGAGGGCCUCAGCGGCGGAGAAGAGGGGGCGGCCGCCGGGCCCGCAGGUGAAGAGCAACGCCGCCAGGAGGCCCCCGGCGCCGGCGCCGGCCGCCACGUCGAAGAAGUCGGCAAUGUGGGCCGACAGGUCGCCAGAGAGCUUCUUCAGCGUUGACUCGAGGCGGGCGAGGGAGGCGGCGGCCAGCAGGCCGUCGGUGCCACCGCCGGUGUCGAUGGAGAGGACUCUGACCCUCCCGGCGGCGCGGGCCGGCGAUGCGGCGGCGGCGGCGGCUGAAGGGCGGGGGAGGACUUUGCCGCCGCCGCCGUCGCCGCCGCCAUCGUCGUACCCGAAGAGGAACUUGGACUCCAAGAUGGAGAAUAUCUCGUAGCUCAGCCUGUCCAUGUCCAAGCUCGGCUCCAUCAGAGCCCCACUCCCCGUCAUUUGCUCUUCGUCUAGAGAGAGAAAGUGACGAGAGAGAGAGAGAGAGAGAGAGAGCGGAAGGAAGACGACGGGGAAAUGGUGGAUGCGGAUCGUAUGUAUAUAUCAAGCAAAGACUGGCGCACGUUAGUAUCUGACACGUGCAGGUGGAAAUCGCGGGAGGGCCGUUUAAUCAUCGCUCCCGCCGUCCCCCUACACCACCCGGCCGCUUGCAGUGUGCUCAGUGGGGCCCACAUCAUCUAGGGUGGGCCCCACCGCAAGGAUGAACUUUACCUUGAAUGGCAUCGCGCCGGCGCCGGCGCCGAAAACGUUCCUUAACACCGUUGCCCCUGCCGACGGCUCUGCGGUGGAGAAUGGGCGGCGCCAUCUCCCACGUACGGACGUGGGGGAGAUCUCGAGACGCGUGGCAGAUGAUCAGACGACAGAAGCCCGACAGGUAGAUUCUCCCGGCUGUCGGUCAGACACGAGCCCAAUCACCGACGCAGCGUCAACGGUCCACGAUCGGUCCGAUCAUAAAACCACAACCGUUGGAUUAAUACGGUAGGACCAUCGGCACAGGGUCUUAUAAGCACGUGUCCGCAUGUCCGGUCCGUCGCCUCCACGCAGAGUAUUCUUCACGCUACCCCAUUUGGGGAAAAAAUGUUAAUAUGUCCCUAAAAACAAUUUUAGUAUUUUUAUUUUGUCCUGUUUUAGUCGGGUUCUUUUGUUUUAUUGGAAUAAAAUAAAUUAAAAUCCUGCCAGGCCAUCGUGGAGGCAUCCAUGUCUCUUGUCUCAGUAUCGAUCGGCACGUGGGGCCCUCUCUCCGCACGUGACUAGGAGGAAUUUAAGCCAAUUUUUCAAGAUAAAAUACAGAAAAAAUAUACAUUAUCAGUGGGGGAAAAAAAUUUGUUAAAACAGGUGCCCAAGGAUUCACAGCGAGAGAGAGAGAGUCAUUGGGGCAGCUUCCACACGUGAGAAGCGUACGUGCAAAGGAGACAGCUGUCACGAUCCGGCAGGCUCUGCGUGUCCCCAUCUGGUUCAGGAUGGCUCGGGAGGAGGUAUCCUAGGCUAGAAUCUGGACGGUCUGGAUUUCUCGUGAUCUGUGCUCGGAAGCUUCCGAGGACUCCUCAUGCUGUUGUCCACACGUGUGGGGACCCACCCGUUGUCCCUCUCUCUCUCUCUCUCUCUCUCUCUCUCUCUCUCGCUCGCUCGCUCGCUCGCUCUAGAGUGAGGCCGAUAAUAUGUAAAUGUAUAUAUUAAGUAAAAUAAUGGGCGAGUAUUAUUAGACGGGUAUUUCGAGAAAAAUAUUAUUUCGAUUAAUCGAGGGAAUUUUCGAGGAGAGCUCCCCGUUAGAGAGAACCGCCGAAAAUAAGCAGUCCUCAUCGCGGACGAUCGAUCAACAUCUCACGUGCUAGAGUAGAGGAGAAAGCAUCACAGGGCCCGGAGAAAGUUCCAUCUCCGUCUUCUCGGAGGGACAGAGAGAGAGAGCCUGCUGGAGGGAGGUAAUCAGUGGACAGGUAAUACCCAGAGAGAGAGAGAGCGCUUGCAGGAGGGAACCAGACAAUGUAGAGGUAAAUACGAGAGAGAGAGAGAGAGAGAGGUGUAACAUUACUCCUCUGGCUGCAUGUUCUCGUGGGGAAAUCCCAUCUUCCGGGCGGCUUCUUCCGCUGUACUGCGGAUGGUUGCAGCGAGGAAACUUCCAAGACUUUCUAUAUUCAACGGUCCCCAUGCACCGUCAUCGCCGCUUAUAGUGCUAUGGAGAGAGAGAGAGAGAGAGAGAGAGAGAGAGAGAGAGAGAGAGUUCUCGGGCAGCGUGCAGUCAAGCCCAAUAGGGAAGAGACACAAGUGUCCGUCUGCGAAUACAGGUUUUGAGACAGAAUAACUCAUAGUUAAAAAGACUACACAAUCGUUCUCUAACUAGGAAUUUGUCCGUCCUCUCUCUCUCUCUCCGCCUCUUAAAAGAGAUGAAGUUGCAGAACUCCCUCUUCCUCUCUCAGUGCCACUUGGCAUGAUGGGUAGAUUAUCCAUCCUCCGUCGCAAUAUAUGCCGACCCAUCAUCACCUUUCUCUCUCUCUCUCUCUCUAAACACGCACACGGUGACGACGUCUCUUUGUGAGUCUCCAGUACGAUAAGAAAGCCCAGGAGAGACGCAACGGGACUCCUUUGACGACGACCGAGAAUGGGUGAUCCAGUGAUCGAGUUUGACCCGUCAAGGCCUUGCCAGCCCAUAGCUUAAAAUGGGCUUAAUAAAUCAUGGGCCUCUAUACGCUAAUCCAUCUCACCCAGACCACCCUAGUUGACAUUUUUGUUGACUCUACGACUUCCAUCAUCUGUCUCUCUCUCUCUCUAAAUAUCUCAUUUUCAUGAAGAAGUGGGCCCCCACUCUCUCUCUCUCUCUCUCUCUGUGCCGUGUUUAAUGGGAGGGGAAAGUCUUAGAAGAAAGAAGCUCCCUGACGUGCUGGAGUUGGUAAAUGAUGUCAUCAUUAGGUCACGCUUCGUCAUCAAUAGAUAGAAGCUCUAAAUAAAAUAAUAAUAAUAAUAAUAAUAAUAAUAAUUAAUAGACAUGAAUGUCACCCGUUUGAAAUGAGAUCAUAUCCGCUGAUGACGUGUCCUGGUGUUAUCGGGCCAGCUAAGCCUCCCCCCCCCGACCAAGCUUCCAAACAUCGGGCCUAUAAAUGCUGCCCGAAUCUAUAAAGACAGCGUGCGUCAGAGUUUUGCCGAGAUCAAUCCUACGUGUACUUAAAGACAAAAGUAAGAGAGAGAGUUAAUGAUAAAUAUUAUAAUUAAAUACUGUUUAUUUAUAAUGAAUUUUAAUUUAAUAUUUAUAAAAUAUCGAAUAAACAAGAUAAGAUAAAUAAAAUAAAGAUUGAAUAUAAUAUUUAUCGGGAUAAGAAUUUAUAUUUUAAAAAAUAAUAUUAUUUUAAAAAAAAAUCCAAACCGGCACAAACGGAGGCAGAUGCCGUUUCCCCCCCAUGUGAAUGGUCUAGCCACAUGCGCGCGGGAGGUCAGCCGUCCCCCUGUGGAGAUGGGAAACCGCGGCGCACGUGGCUCCCGUGCAUUUGACCACAGCGUCCGGUCUUCCGACACGGUGGGAAAGGGUCAACUCUCGGAAAAUCCACCAAAUCUAAAUAAAAAACCUGCGAAUAAAGGAGAAAAAUAAGAAUUCAUAGUUUCUCAAAUUAAUCCGAGGGGGAACCAUUUCAAUAUUUUUUUCAUGCAAUAAAAAAAAAAUUUGAAUUUCGCGAUCCGUUUUUAUCAGUCGUAGAGUUGGGCGAAAAGGCCCCCAGACGUCAAUGUCAAAGUUUGGUGGGCUCGCCGCGGCGGCAUCCCCCCACUUGGACCUGUCGAUCCCCGAUGCGCCGAAGUCGCAUGACCGGGCAUGCGCUGGUCAAACUUCUGGGGGCUGUCUUAUUGGAGGCGCCCGUGUCGGCGUAGCUCGUCUUGUGCGGGUGGUGGGUCUGUCUGAUCAGCGUCUCCCUCCUUCCUUCCUUCCUUGCCAGAAAUCCUCGAGGGAUUCCACCUCCUGAAGCUUCUUCCCGGUGGAAUGACUCGAUAAUAUCGGCUCUGAAUCAGAUCUCCGUUCCUCGUUCCACGGAUUUCCCGAGGGCUUGCUUCAUCACCUGCGCCGGAUCUCCGCCUCCACGGCUUGCGUGCGCCGAUUUGGGUUUCUGCUCAGGUAUCUUGCUCGUGAUUUCUCUUCUCUGCGGUUAGUUUCUCGAACGUAGAUCUGGUUCAGAGGAAUCGGAGUCCUCGACAUGGAUUUUCUCUAGGGUUCCUCAUGCUCUGGUAGGUUGAAGAACUCUCCCCCCAUUUCGUCUCUCUGGUCGUAGCCUCCCAGAGGUGGAGAUUUCCUCCGACCGAAAACCCUAAUCGUUCUGGCUGUUCGCCGGCGAUUCGAGAAUUUAGACGAAAUCUUCAUCGAUCCCGCCACCUCUCUCCUCUUCGUCGAAUCAUGUUCUCGCCCCCUUCUCAAUUCUGCUUGUCUCAAGGAGUAAUCUCCUCGUCAUCUAAACCUAAUUCAAUUCUGCAGGGCUCCAUCUGUUAUACGCUCGCUGUCCCUCGGGAAUCGUCGUCGAUCGGGCGAGCCUGAUGAAGAUGUCCUAUCGUUCUUUCGUUUGCUGCGGGUAUCCGGAGGAAGAAUCCAUCUCUCUCGAUACAGGUGAAGAUCAUUGGAUUUUGGAAUUAGUUUUGAUGCAGACGAAGAACCAAUCGAUCGCUUAUUUUCCAUCCGAUCUCAUGAAUUCUGUCUCGCCGCAGAGUUUCCGGGGAUCGAGAAUGUGAGGAGAUACACUUACAGAGAACUGAAGCGAGCCACGGACGACUUCAGCUUCCCGAACAAGAUCGGGGAAGGAGGGUUCGGAUCCGUGUACAAGGUGAGCUCCAUCGCCGGCGCCGGCGAGAUCUCUGGCCGGAGGACGGAUUACUGAAGAUUUAACGGUGGUUGUGCUGGUCUCGCAGGGGAAGCUCAGGGAUGGGACGGCGGUGGCGGUGAAGGUGCUGUCGCCGGAGUCGUCGCAGGGGUGGAGGGAGUUCCUGUCGGAGCUGUCGACGCUGGCGAAGAUCCGCCAUGAGAACCUGGUCCAGAUCUACGGCUUCUGCUCGGAGAAGGAUCACAGGAUCCUCGUCUACAACUACCUCCCCAACAACAGCCUCUCCCAGACCCUCCUAGGUGAGGCCCCUCUUCUUCUUCUACUACUUUCUUCUCCAUGCUUCUUCUUCUUCUUCUUCUCCUUGGUGCUGCUGCUGGUACUGAGAGUCGCCAUUUCUGAUCUGCUGAACUUCAGGGGGCGGGUACAGCGACCUCAAGUUCGACUGGAGAACGCGGGCGAAGAUCGGCCUGGGCAUCGCUCGAGGGAUCGCCUUCCUCCACGAGGAGGUGAGGCCGCGGAUCGUCCACAGGGACAUCAAGGCCAGCAACAUUCUCCUCGACGAGAACCUCAACCCCAAGAUCUCCGACUUCGGCCUCGCCAAGCUCCUCCCCUCAAAUGUCUCUCACGUCAGCACCCGCGUCGCCGGCACCAUGUAAACCCCCUCUCUCUCUCUCUCUCUCUCUCUCUCUCUCUCUCUCUCUCUCUCUUGUCUGUGUGGGUUCUGAGAGUUGUGAGAGGACUGAGAGAGAACUGGGCUGGUUUUUGCAGAGGGUACCUGGCGCCGGAGUACGCGAUCAGGGGGCAGCUGACGAGGAAGGCGGACAUCUACAGCUUCGGGGUCCUCCUCCUGGAGAUCGUCAGCGGGCGGUGCAACACCAACACGAGGCUCCCUCCCGGAGACCAGUUCCUCCUCGCCAGGGUCAGUCCUCUUUCUUCUUCUUCUUCCUUCUUCCUUCUUGCCCCUCCCGAACCCGGAACCGAGACCACCACCACCACGAGGAUGAUCAUGUCAUGAAUUCUCUCUCUCUCUCACUCACUCUUUCUCUCUCUGUAUCUUUCUAUGCGCAGACGUGGGCGAUGUAUGAGAAGGGGGAGCUGGUAUCCAUCGUGGACUGCGAGCUGAAGGAGUUGGACGAGGAGGAAGCCUGCAGGUUCUUGAAGGUGGCAUUGCUCUGCACGCAGGACAACCCGCGGCUGCGGCCGCCGAUGCCGAUCGUGGCGCAGAUGCUCGCCGGCGAGAGGAACGUGGAGGUGGAGAAGAUCACCAAGCCGGGGCUCAUCUCCGAGUUCAUGGACCUGAAGAUCCGCAGCGAGAAGAAGGCGGAGAACGGCUACUCCAUGAACACCGUCUCCUCCGGCAUCUCCCCCCACGGGAACUCCCCGCCGUCCUCCUCCGAGAACACCACCACGACCGCCUCCUUCACCUUCACCGCCAUCUGCGACAGGGAUGACUGAGUCCGCCGGAGAGUAACAAGACUCGAAUUUUCUUCUUCCUGUUCUUAUUAUAUCAUCCUCCCGGGGUUUGUGCAGCAGAUUCCCUCGGCUUUCGUUGUAUAUGAAGCGUUUUUUUAGACAGCUUUUGGUCACUCUCUCUCUCUCUCUCUCUCUCUCUCUAUAUAUAUAUAUAUAUAUAUAUAUAUAUAAAUAGAGGCUGGGUUUGGGGGUUUGACCUUGACUAAAAUCGGACGUACCUUAGGGUUCAUUCCAUCAAUAAAAGAGAGGGAGAGAGAGUGACAAAUGGGCCCGUCCACCAUAAAAAACCUAGAUAAUUAAUGGUCAGCGCUUCUGAGCCCGUUCUUCUGCCUGGACUCUUCCCGUUGAAGGUCGACCCCCAGAAAAAGAAAAUCAGGACGAGCUCUGGGCCGAGCUCACCCGUUGACUCGAUCGGAAUUUGAAGCGCAAGCCCAGAGCUUCAUCAUGAGAAACCGAUUCACACCCACCCCCCCUUCAAUAAGCCCAACAAAAAAGGGAGACCACAUAACUCCAAAGGAUCACAUACCCAGGUUCCUCGAUUUCCGGCGCUUGACGGCGGCGGCGGCGGGAGGGGUCGUCAGAAACAUUUCCGGUGA